UUCCCGCUUCCCUCUGAUUUUAUUCUCACCCCUUUUUCUUCUCUCUCCUCGCUCUCCAGAAAUCAUGUUCGCCAAGCUUUUUCGAGGAUGCAAGGACGAAUCUAGCCCUAACUCCUCUUCCCACAAAUUGAAGCAGGCACUUGCAAAACUCAAGGAAAAGGAAAUCUUGUUGCAAAAGAAGAUAUCUAUAGAGGUCGAGAGAGAAAACAAAUUUACAAAAGCAAAGAACAAACAAGCUGUCAUGGAAUCAUUGAAAAGAAAGAAGUUUUAUGAGGUCCAACUCGAGCAUAUUAGGAGUUUUCAGUUACGAAUUCAUGAUCAGGAGCAAAAACUACCACAUAAGUCUCCAGUCCGUUGCAAAGAGGUGAAAAGGAUGACAAGCAAAAGCAACUAAAUAAAAAGCAACUUUGAGGUGGAGAUGCUGGUGGUGAUGGCCAUAAACUUCUGCAAGUGUUUUGCUAACCUGGAAGAGGCAGAGGCAGUCAUUGGAGACUAAUGGAACGGAUGACUUGUUUUCGUUGUUAACUUUGUUCAUCGAUGGCAAUUAUCUAAUUCAUGGUAUGUACAAAUCAUGUAAAUUUCUCCUUCCAAGUGUCUUGUAUCGAACUGUAUGGUUUGAGAAAUAUAAAUGGUUGGCCAAGCAUUUCGUCAUCUUGGUUUAA